AAGAGCUAGGCAUGUUGACUUGCACCUGUAACUCCAAUGACUUGGGAGGCUUAGGUAAAAGGAUUGCAAGUUUGAAGAGAGCCUGAGCAACUUACAACUUAGUAAGACCCUGUCUCAAAAUAAAAUAAAGAGGACUGGUGGUGUGACUAAGUGGUUGAGACUCUCUGAGUUAAAUCCCCAGUAUCUCACACACACACACACACACACACACACACACACACACACAAAGGAGAAGAAAAGAAAAGAAAAGGAAGAAAGUGAAAAAAGAAAAAAAAAUUUGGCGACCUCUCAUGCAGUCUUAAGCUAAACGAAUUAAAAUUUUAAAACUUUCAAAGUCAAUUAUCUCACAAGAAAUAUAAUGCAGUCUUUAUAUGAAAUGUGUACUAAACAUAAUCGAACCAUUUAAGUCACAAUUUCAAGUAAAAUUGUAAGAUUUUUGUGAAUGUAACUAGAUUUUCAUAAGACAUAAGAAAGCAUUAUUUAACGUUUUGAAGUGGGUACAUGCCUUACAUUUUAAAGUGGGAUAAUGUGUUGCAAUUAUAUAUUUAGCCAAACAAACAUCGUGUAAUAUGCUAUGGUAUUUUCAUUCUACUUUAUCUCACCCCCCAGUAAGAAACCUACAAAUAGAUAUUGAUUAAAGAUAUAAGCAGAGCUUAAGUAGACAGCACUUGCCUCGUACGUGUGUCCUGCGUUCGAGUCCAUGAACGGGGAAGAGGGAACAAUAGAAACCAAAGAAUCAACCAAUAUAUCCAACAGAGAGAGAGUAGCGGUUGCUAGCAUGUACAGUAAUGGGUGCAGUAACUUAUUAGGACUCUGAGCGCCGCUGUUCACCUACUUGGAGAGAAACGCAGCAAGCGCUCAGUCGGUAUUCUCAGGUCCAGCUGCACAAAACCUCACAGUUCCUUCAAACUGGCUCCUGGGUUGCAACGAAACUCACUCCGUAAUUUAAGGUGCGCAAGCUACAGAGAAUCCUCCAAGUCACAGAAAGAACAAGGAACCAGUUGAAACAUACAGAGUGUUCGGGGAGGACUUCAGGAGAAUUCCGUAACCAGACAACAAUGGCCGCUCAGAGGAAUCUCUCCGACUGCACCAAGCUGGUCCUCCUCUGCCUUUACCUGCAGAUGCCCUGGGAGUCCGGAGCCCGGCAGAUCCGCUAUUCGGUUCCUGAGGAGUUAGAGAAAGGCUCUUUCGUGGGUAACAUCUCCAAGGACCUGGGACUGGAGCCCCGGGAGCUGGCGGAGCGCGGAGUCCGCAUUGUCUCCAGAGGUAGGACGCAGCUUUUCUCUCUGAACCCGCGAAGCGGCAGCUUGGUCACCGCAGGCAGGAUAGACCGGGAGGAGCUCUGCGCCCAGAGCGCGCGGUGUCUGGUGAAUUUUAACAUCCUUUUGGAAGAUAGGGUGAAACUUUUCGGGAUAGAAAUAGAAGUAACUGAUAUCAAUGAUAAUGCCCCAAAGUUCCAAGCAGAAAAUCUAGACGUAAAGAUUAAUGAAAACGUUGCUCCAGGAAUGCGUUUUCCUCUCCCGGAAGCUAUUGAUCCGGAUGUGGGCGUGAACUCCCUACAGAGCUACCAGCUCAGCCCCAAUAGGCACUUCUCACUAGGAGUUCAGAAUCGUGCCAAUGGCGUCAAGUACCCGGUGCUGGUGCUAGAGCACGCCCUAGAUAGAGAAGAAGAGGCCAUUCACCAUUUGGUUUUGACCGCUUCUGACGGAGGUAACCCUCUCAGAUCAGGCACUGUUCUCAUUACUGUGACUGUCUUCGAUACAAACGACAACGCACCGGUAUUCACUUUGCCUGAGUAUCGCCUAAAUGUUCCAGAGAACUUGCCUGUAGGCACUCAGUUGCUAACGGUCACCGCCACCGACAAGGAUGAAGGAACCAAUGGAGAAGUGACCUAUUCCUUCCGAAAAUUACCUGACACACAAUUGUCGAAAUUCCAACUAAACAAAAAUACUGGGGAAAUUAAAAUAUCUGAAAUUCUAGAUUAUGAAGAAAUAAGCUUCUAUGAACUAGAAAUACAAGCAGAAGAUGGAGGAGCAUACCUUGCAACUGCAAAAGUGUUGAUUACAGUAGAAGAUAUAAAUGACAACAGUCCAGAGGUGACCAUCACAUCUCUGUUUAGUCCAGUGACUGAAGAUUCACCUCUGGGAACUGUCAUAGCCCUUUUAAAUGUGCAUGAUUUAGACUCUGGACAGAAUGGAGAGGUGACCUGUUCCAUCUCAAGUAAUCUACCAUUUAAGUUAGAAAAGUCCAUUGACAGUUAUUACAGAUUGGUGACACACAGAGCCCUUGACAGGGAACAGGUAUCCUUUUACAACAUCACAGUAACAGCCACAGAUGGUGGGAGUCCACCUCUGUCAACUGAAACUCACUUUACCCUGCAAGUGGCAGAUAUCAAUGACAACCCACCAACCUUCUCUCACAUUUCCUACUUUACCUAUAUCCCAGAGAACAACCCCAGGGGUGCCUCCAUCUUUUCAGUGACAGCCCUUGAUCCAGACAGCAAAGAGAAUGCCCAGGUCAUUUACUCCCUGACUGAAGACACCAUCCACGGGGCACCCCUAUCCUCCUAUGUAUCUAUCAACUCAGACACUGGCAUCCUGUAUGCACUCCGAUCCUUUGACUAUGAGCAAUUUCGUGAGCUGAAGAUGCAAGUGACUGCAAGUGACAGCGGGAACCCACCACUCAGCAGCAAUGUGUCUCUUAGCCUGUUCGUGCUGGAUGUGAAUGACAACACUCCUGAGAUCCUAUACCCUGCCCUCCCCACUGAUGGCUCCACUGGGGUAGAGCUGGCACCCCGCUCUGCAGAGCCUGGAUACCUGGUGACCAAGGUGGUGGCAGUGGACAGAGACUCAGGACAAAAUGCCUGGCUGUCCUAUCGCUUGCUAAAGGCCAGUGAGCCAGGGCUCUUUGUGGUGGGUCUGCACACUGGUGAGGUGCGCACAGCAAGGGCCCUACUGGACAGAGAUGCUCUCAAGCAGAGCCUUGUGGUGGCUGUGCAGGACCAUGGCCAGCCACCUCUCUCAUCCACCAUCACUCUCACUGUGGCUAUAGCUGACAGCAUUCCGGAUGUUCUGGCUGACUUAGGCAGCCUGGAACCCCAACAUGACUCUGAUGCUUCAGGCCUUACUCUCUACCUGGUGGUGGCCUUAGCUGCUGUCUCCUGUGUCUUCCUCACCUUUGUCAUUCUGCUGCUGGCACUCAGACUUCGGCGCUGGCACAAGUCUCACCUACUCCAGGCAUCAGGCGGAGGGUUAGCAAGUGUGCCUGCCUCUCACUUUGUGGGUGUGGACGGGGUGCGUGCCUUCCUGCAGACCUAUUCCCACGAGGUCUCCCUCACUGCGGACUCACGGAAGAGCCACAUUAUCUUCCCCCAGCCCAACUAUGCGGACACGCUUAUCAGCCAGGAGAGCUGUGAGAAAAAGGAUCCUUUGUCUUUGUUAGAUGAUUCAAAGUUUCCUAUAGAAGAUACUCCUUUGGUUCCACAAGCCCCACCCAACACGGACUGGCGUUUCUCUCAGGCCCAGAGACCCGGCACCAGCGGCUCCCAAAAUGGUGAUGAAACUGGCACCUGGCCCAACAACCAAUUUGACACAGAGAUGCUGCAAGCCAUGAUCUUGGCCUCCGCCAGUGAAGCUGCUGAUGGGAGCUCCACCCUGGGAGGAGGCGCUGGUACCAUGGGCUUGAGUGCCCGCUACGGACCCCAGUUCACCCUACAGCACGUUCCCGACUACCGCCAGAACGUCUACAUCCCUGGCAGCAAUGCCACACUAACCAAUGCACCUGGCAAGCGGGAUGGCAAGGCCCCAGCUGGUGGCAAUGGAAACAAGAAGAAGUCUGGCAAGAAGGAGAAGAAGUAAUGUGGAGGCCAAGCCUACAGCCAGAGGGCAGCCUCCUUCCCCAGCCAACCCAGCUUCUCCUUACCUGUACCCAGAUCUCAGAAUUUCAGGGCUCAUCCCCAGGAUACUGGUAGGGGCUAAGGCCAUGCUCCCCUUGGGAAACAGAAACAAGUGCCCAGUUAAUACCCCCUCUCUCUGCCCCCAAGGGGUUGAAUAUGCAAAGGGAGUUCUGCUGGGAACCCCCAUCUAAUCAUUUGCUGUACCCAUGGGGGUAAUGGGGUUAGUGUAGACACCAAGAACCAUUUGUCACACACCCUUUUGUUACAGCUGGACUCCUCCAUCUUCCAAAUCAGUCAGGCCCAUCCAUCCCCUGCCUCCCUCUACCCCACCUCAUCCCGCUCUUCAACGUUCCUCUCUUGAGUAAGGUGGUUGGGGUAUGGAGGUACCACAUGAUCUAAAAAGGGUCGUAGUUCUGAAGAGUUGGGAAGGCAUCAUGACUUCUUGGUCUCUCCUUCAGUUCUCAAUCUUCCCCCAAAGCAUGGUUUUGUGUGAGUCCUUUCACCUCUCUAGAUCCCAAGACCAAUGCUCAAAUUUUGGGGGUCACCGUACUGUCACCAUCCCUGUGGUACUGACGAUGCUUGCCAGAUUUAGGGAAGGCAUUUUGCUACCAAGCCUCUUCCCAAACGCUCUGGGGACCAGUCUUUUGUUUUGUUUUUCAUUGUUUGAUGUUCCCACUGCAUGCUGUGAUUUUUCCUACCCCUCCUCAAACAAGAGACUCCAUUGCAUGUUCUGAGACAGUGGGGGGGUGGUAAGCUAAAGAAGGGAAGUUUGUGAAUAUGGAUGGGGAGGGGAUGGACAAAGCUUGGCCCAUCCAUUUACAGGGUCUUAAAGGGAGGCUCUGUAUGUCCCCAGGGUACUGGCCACAUCUCCAAAUUCUAGCCAUAAACCAAGCACCAGGCUGGACCCUCAUGCCCCCACACAUAGGUUUCAGCCCAGGCAUCCAGCUUUGAGCUAAGCUACCAGGACCAAUGAAUUUAAAGUUCAGGAAAGCUCUGUUUGGGUUUAGGAGUAGGUCCCCUGGAGAGGUCUUAGGGGCCUCUGUGGGUGCUGGGUACUCCAGAGGAGCCACUGUAGGAAUAGCCAGUGGAACCCCAGCAGGAAGGAAUGCCCAGCAAGGCCAUUCUUAGACCCUGGCUUAGGAGGCAAGGAGCUACAGCAGAAACCAAGUGGACAGAGUUUCAGCCAACCACGGGGUUUUUCUCCAGGGUCCCCUGUGCUCUUCAAACCUAGGCUCUUCACCUUGCCAGGUGCCAUUUCUCUGUGAAGGCCACUGCCCAGGCCCUCAGCCCGCUCCCUAGUGGCCAGAGCCUGGUUUAAGUCCCCCAGUGCCUCCUUGAGCAAAGACCUUCCUCUGCCCACCCACUUCUGCCCUGCAGUCCCGGUUCAUCCAGUGGGGCUGCAAGAGAACCCCACCCCAGCCCUUAAAAGUAGUGUAGAGCCCCCUCCCUCGGCUGGUGUAGAAUAGCCAAUAGUGUAUGUAGUGCGGUGUGCUUUUACGUGAUGGCGAGUGGGCAGCGGGCGGCGGGCUGCGCGCAGCCGGCUGUCCUUGAAGCUGCCUGCGGCGGCCCGUGCUGUGUUUUGUGCUGUGUCCACGCGCUGCGGCGACCCCCUCCCCGGUACUGACUCCUCCUAUAAGCGCUUCUCUUCGCAUAGUCACGUAGCUUCCACCCGCCCUCUUCCUGUAUCUCACGCAAGUUUUAUACUCUAAUAUUUAUAUGGCUUUUUUUCUUCGAAAAAUAAUAAACAGGUUUCUUCUGAAA